UGUAAAUUUAUAAUUUCCCUGACUUCAACGUCCAGCCUUUCCUGUUUCUGUCUCUGAUCCCUAUGACUUUGUACAGAAACCAAAUGCCCAUAAAAGUUCGGCCUAUGGAAGAACAAGCAAAAGAGUCACCUGGAUCGAGUACCCUCUUACAAAAUGCUGCUACAACUCGUCAAACUCCUUCUGUCCUUCGUAAACUCGGGGCGGGCAUCAUAUCAGACGUCCGCGCUCGCACUCCUUGGUAUUUCAGUGACUGGACAGAUGCAUGGAAUUAUCGAGUCAUUCCUGCGACUGCCCUCAUUUUCUUUGCAAAUGUUCUACCUGGCAUAGCAUUUUCGCUAGACUUAAUAGAGACGACCCAGCAAUACACAGUUGCUGAGGUCCUUAUAUCCUCCUUCAUGGCUGCGUUUGUGUUUUCCGUAUUCGGCGCGCAGCCGCUUACAAUCGCGGGCGUCACUGGACCGGUCACAGUUUUUAACAAGACGAUAUAUGACAUCAUCAACAAGUAUCCCGAUGCACCAAAUUAUCUGCAUUUUGUGGGUUGGGUUUACCUUUGGGCUGCAAUCAUCCAUUGGGUAACGGCCAUUUUGAAUUGGUGUAAUUUUCUGAAAUAUGUCACUCUGUUCUCUUGCGACACCUUUGGCUUCUAUGUUUCCUGGGUGUAUCUCCAAUACGGAGUACAAGUGAUCGCUCGACAAUUCAGUGGGGAUUUCGAAGGUGCUUUGGUGGGUAUCAUCCUUGCCCUCCUGAUGCUCGUAACGUCAUUCUUGUUCCAACGCCUUUCGGAGACCACGUUAUUCCAUCGUCAUAUCCGUCGUUUCUUCUCGGAUUAUGGAAUGCCCAUCUCCCUUAUUGCGGCUUCAGGCAUGGCAUACUGGGGCCGUUUUGGUGCUUCUAAUCCUACUACGUUACCAGUAGGCGGUGCGUUCCAGGCUGCCAAUGGAAGAGCGUGGCUUGUCAAAUUCUGGGAGCUAGAUGGGAAAUGGGUCGGCAUCGCGCUUCCCUUUGGAAUAAUUCUUUGGAUCCUGUUUUUCUUUGAUCACAAUGUCUCGUCCCUGAUUGCUCAGGGUUCGCAGUUUCCUUUGCGGAAGCCACCCGGUUUCCAUUACGACUUCUUCCUUCUCGGUAUCACAACAUUCAUGGCAGGACUCAUUGGGGUGCCAGCACCCAACGGACUUAUACCUCAAGCACCUAUUCACACCGCCUCCUUGCUCGUUAUGGGAAAACCUCCCCAGAAAAAUAUAGAUGAAGAGCAGAUCACCAGACCAUCCUCGCAAUCUGACCAUGCUUCCAACGGUGCAGUUAUAAAAAUGGAAGAGUCAUUUGACUAUUCCGUCAGUCGGCGAGAAGCCCCUAUCGCCGUUGUUGAACAACGAGUUUCCAAUCUCGCCCAAGGUUCACUGUGCCUUGUGCUACUUACCGGUCCGUUUUUGCAUAUACUGGGUCUCGUCCCAAGAGGCGUGCUGGCUGGCCUGUUCUGGUUCAUGGGCGCGGAUGCGCUCAAGGGUAACGGAAUCACUAUCAAACUCCUGUACCUCAUACGCGACAAGACCCUCACCUCACCUGAUGACCCACUGCACAAAGUGAGGAAAUCCCGGCUAUUGAUGUUUGUGGCUGUCCAACUUGUGGCCUUCGGAGCGACAUUCGCGGUUACUCAGACCAUUGUUGCUAUCGGCUUCCCGGUCAUAAUUUUACUUCUUGUUCCUCUUCGAACCUACGUGAUUCCGCAGCUCCCCUUCACACAAGAAGAACUUUCUAUCCUCGAUGGUCCCACAGCUUCUCCAUUUACGAUGGAAUCUGUUGGCGGAUCUCUACACGCCGCUUGACCGUUCUCAACUGCUCAUUCUCUAGCUGUCCAUUGCUCUCGUGUUUGAUGCUGAAGUACUAUAUUGUUCUCCAACGAAUUCCCGUUUAUUGUAGUCAAGGUAAUAUUGCUCUACGUUUGUAGACAGUGCGUACUGCGUGCGUUCGUUGUACAGUCUAGAUGUACGUAUAAGAUGAAUCUUCGUUUCGUGCCGGUUAAGGCAUUGUGAAUGC